UGUGACGUAAUCUGCAUGACGAGACACUUCAAUUCGACGGACAACUCGUUAUCACCAAUAGUAGAUUUCCGUUUCGUCACAGUUUCUAUCAGCGCUUCCAUUUCACGUGUGUGCGUGUGUGUGUGUGUAUAGCUGAAAUCGUGCGAAAAUGAAGGCUUGGCAGGAUGCAGCAAGCUUGAUAUUAGCAGCACGUCAUGGGACAAGCCGCGCAGUGCCGCCUGCAGUCCACAAUUAUAAGCUACUAUGUCUGAAGCGUCAUCAAAAAUCAAAUUUUAUGCCGGGAUUAUAUGUUUUCCCGGGUGGCACGGUGGACCCAGCUGAUGCCAAUCUGAAGUGGCAGGAGCACUUUGCUGCUUUUGGUCUGGAUAAUAACAAGCUCACGUCUCUAAUAUCAAAAGUCGCGUCACGACCACAGAUUUUUCAAUCGAGAGAGAAUGAACUUCCCAAAGAAGUCUCACUACGUAUCACAGCGAUUCGUGAGACUUUUGAGGAAUGUGGUAUACUGAUAUGUAGACAUAAAGACAGCAACACUCCUUCUAACUGGGCCGAGUAUGUAUCAGUCCCCAGAGAUGAGCUGCUAAUGUGGCAGAGCAAAGUUCAUGACAAUGCGACAGAAUUCUUCAAUCUCUGCCAGAAGUUUGAAUGUUAUCCAGACUUGUGGGCCCUGCACGAAUGGAGGAAUUGGAUGACGCCUACAACUGCAUAUGAGAAACGCUUCAAUACCGCCUUUUAUCUAGCUUGUUUAUCACACAUGCCUUAUGCUAAAUAUGAAGCUAUAGAAAUGGAGGAUCUGAAAUGGGAUACACCAGAAAAUUUUUCCUCAAUGGGUCAAAUCACUUUUCCACCACCGCAACAGUAUGAAAUCGCUAAGUUAAUCAAAUUAAAAAAUAUAGAUGAUCUCCUGGAUAUUGCUGUGAAACAUAAUAAAGAAGGCGCGCAGUUAUAUUUACCGGUACGUAUACAUUUGAAGGAUGGCUUUAUGCAUGUUAUGCCUGGAGACACAUUGUAUCCGAAGGAAGUCAGUUUGUCGGAAAAACAGGUGAUUGAUAAAUCGGAUAUCACUAUAGAAGAAUUUACGAAAAUGAGUCCUGUAAAAAAUAGAACACAUUUUCUUGAUGCAAAAAUUAGAGUGAUUUUCACUGAUGUAAGCGGUGAAGACAUGCAUGUAGAAUUUCCAAUGCCUGGAUAUUCAAAGAUCGCAUACGGAAAAGAAGAACCUAAAAAUAAACUCUAGUAUAAAUAAUCGAAAUAUUCUCGUUUUUAUUUGAGGUGAUUUGUUCUAGUAAAAUGGUUCUAAUAUGUAACGGGAUACGAAGUUAUUUCUCGAGAUUAUAUAAUAAUAUAUUAGAUGAAUUAUCUAUGUCAUAUUUUUGUAGUACAAUAUUUAUAUUUGUACAAUAAAUUCUUAACAGUAUAGACAUGAA